GGGUCGUUGUCUCCAUUGCACAUCCAUGUUAUUCCAAGCUCCUCUUUAAAGGGACCACAUUUUGCUGCCUCCCUGACCUGAGUCCUCCUCUCCUCUCCUUCCUCCCAUGCACGCCGCCAAUGGUGGAGGCGGAAGGCGAUCAGUGACCAUCUUGCCGACCUCAAAGUUCUCAGCUUGUGGUCACAGAUAGAUUUUGGUCUCUUCCUGGUUGCCUACCUGGUACGUGCUUGAAUGGUACGAGGCUGAGUGCGAAGCUUGGUAUAGGUAGGUAGGAGAGAGCUCUCAUGGCGCUGGAGGCUGUGGUGUUCCCGCAGGAGCACCUCUCGUGUGCGGCGACGUACAACGCGGCGCCGUCGCUCGGAUGCGGCGUCGUCGACAUGGACGAGUUCGAAGAGAACGGAGGCGUGGUGCUGCAAGAGGAGGCCGCCGCGGCGGCGAUGCACGGCGGCGCAGGUGGUGGGACGAGCGCCUGGGUCAACGCUGCGACCUGCGCGCGCUCCAUUGCUUCCGGCGCCGCCGUGGAGGAGUUCUGGGACGAGAGGCACUUCCCCGUGUCACCUCCGGCGCUGUCGCGGACGGCCGCGUCCCCGGCGCCUACGCCGGCAGCGUCCGGCGGUGGGCACGCCAAGGCGGCCGCGCGGAGGAGGCGGCGGCGCCCCAAGGUGGUGAAGAACAAGGAGGAGGCGGAGAGCCAGCGGCGCAACCACAUCGCCGUGGAGCGCAACCGGCGGCGGCAGAUGAACGAGUACCUCGCCGUGCUCCGCUCCCUCAUGCCGCCAUCCUACGCGCAGCGGGGUGACCAGGCGUCGAUCGUCGCGGGCGCCAUCAACUUCGUCAAGGAGCUGGAGCAGCUGCUGCAGUCGCUCGAGGCGCAGAAGCGGCGCGCGCUGGGACCCGACCACGACCGGCCGCCGCCGUUCGCCGGGUUCUUCACGUUCCCUCAGUACUCUACCACCGCCGCUGGCGAUGACAAUGUCGGCGGCUCUGGCGCCGACGGCGAGGGCGGCUGCGGCGGCGCUCGGCCCGGCGCGGCCGACAUCGAGGUGGCCAUGGCGGAGAGCCACGCGAACGUGAGGGUGCUCGCGCCGCGGCGGCCGAGGCAGCUGCUCAGGAUGGUGGUGGCGCUGCAGUGCCUCGGCCUCACCGUGCUCCACCUCAACGUCACCACCACCGCCGACCGUUUGGCCCUCUAUUCCUUCAGUCUCAAGAUGGAGGGUGAAUGUCGGCUCUCUUCGGUCGACGAAAUCGCCGCCGCCGUCAACCAGAUGGUCGCGAAGAUCGCCGGCGAGUGCAUCAGUUAAUAAUUAGCUUGAAAAAGAGUGUAGUGUAUGUGUGUGUGUGCGCUUGUAGCAUUAAUUAUGCCCUAGUACAUGGAUAAUUCAGGCGAUUUGCGCCAUUGUCAGGGUAGUACAAUACUAGUUGCCCCCAUGUUUGCGUGCAAGUAAUUAGUAAACAUGUAGUACCGAUCAGCGGAUCAGAUCUGCUUAACUGAAUUUUCAAGUACAUAUGUAAGCAUCCAGCUCGUCGAGUCACAUCUUGCAGCACCAAUUAUUUAGCACCAGGAGAUGCUACUAGCUGCGUGUGUCUAUGGGUGAUCAGCUGGUGGUGGCUAAUUUUCGUUCGUUCUAAUCUUUUCUGAACGAAACUGGCUAGUUUCCAUUGAUGAAUCACUGUUUCAUCAGGUAAUAUCUAAUGAAUUAUGGCCCGGUUCAAUCAUCUCUUACAUUGCUAUCA